AUGGCGGUGUUAAUCUCAGCAGGCCCCAGAAUACAACUCAUAGCCGGACUAUUGCUUACAACAAUUCCACUUUGGCUCUUGGCCUGGCACUUUCGGGUGCGAAACCCUCUCUUCGUCAGCCAUCAGAUCCCGAUACACAAUGCGUGGACCGUGAAUCGCGAGACAUUCAUUCAGGAGUGGAUGGAGAACCAGAUCGGCAAUCCACCCAAUCGUUCAGCUCUCGCUCUACUCUGUCGUAGACCUAACAUCAAAUGGCGACCGGACGUCGUUAUGGAUCUAGAUGAUGCCAAUGGCGGCAUUGGCAAUGUUCGAGGCAACAUCUUCGACUUUCUCGGCUUGGCCAUCUUGACCGGAUCGUCAAUCAUGCUACCUAGUUUUCAAGCGCGGUCAGCCGCAGACUUGAGCGCUCUUUGGAAUGGCAAGAUACCUUUCAACACUUUCUUCGACACCGAUCACUUCGUAGCCACAUUUGCAGCAGCAUGCCCGAAGAUGGAUAUCUACAUGCCAUCAAAGGACCAUUCUCUGGUUCCUCCCUUACAGAAUCGAUACGGCAUGCCCAGCAUGCGACUGGACCAACAUCCCGAGACUCUUGACACACCCACACCAAACACGCCAAAAGGGGUGGUGGAAAAUUUCAACCACUGGCUAUCUGUGCAGCCAGAUUAUGAUGCAAAGAAGACAUCUCUAGUCAGCGUUGGCCGCACCCUCUGGGAAGGGCUCGACACUCGCGCCCUACCUGCAGCCGUACGUAGAGAUUUCGGCGGCUCUCUUCGCCUGAUACCCGAAGUACGCAGACUGGCAGCUGUAGUAACGUACAAUCUUGCUCUCAAAUAUCAUCUUCACAGCAUCGACCCAGGCCUUUCGUAUUAUCCAUCGGCUUUCCUGGGCGCACAUCUACGUACCGAGAGCGACGCGGAAGCCGCUGGCUGGCUCGACGAUGAGAGAGCCGCCGCACAUGCAAACUUUACUGGUCAAACCGAUGCCUACCUUUCUCAAGCCGUCGAGCACGAUCUCUCAGUCAUAUACGUGGCCAGCGGCAAUGCUUCUGAAAUAUCCCGCUUCGCAGAAAAAGCAUGGCAUCUUCACUCUUUCAACGUCACAUCAAAGUCUGACCUGCUAUCUGGCUCUGACCUCGAGGCUCUCAACAAUCUCACAUGGGACCAACAAGGGCUUGUUGAUUACGAAGUGCUUAGACGAAGUUCGAGUAUGGCGGGUUUCGCGAAGAGUAGUUUUGCUUUCAAUAUCGCAAUCACGAGAAACGAGUUUGUCGAUGUCAAUCAGGAAGUGUUGUGGUUGAGGCCGGAGCAUCUGAAGAAAGAGGAUGUGGCGUUUGAGGAUGGAUUGAGCAAGAUUUGGGGACGAUUUCCGUGGCAGGAGGAGAGGAUGUUGAGGGGUGCUUGGCCUUGA